AUGUCUUCCUCCAAGCCCUACGUUCAGCCUGGCGAGCCUCUUCACGAAUUUCUGCGCUCCUUCUGGCAGCGACAGAUCGAUGGUGCUGAGCAAGAGACUCCAGACUACCGACACCCACCGCUGCCGCUCGCUCGCAUCAAGAAGGUCAUGAAGAGCGAUCCCGAAGUCAAAAUGAUUGCUGCCGAUGCACCCAUCCUCUUUUGUAAGGCCUGCGAAAUCUUCAUCGCUGAAAUAACUGCGCGCGCAUUCAUCAUCGCUGAUUCGAAUAAGCGGCGAACACUUUCGCGUGCUGACAUCGCGAAGGCGCUGAGCAAGUCUGACCAGUUCGACUUCCUCAUUGACAUAGUACCACGCGAGGAGCCAAUUGGGCCCGGCGCGCCAGGCACCCCGGCAGGACGCGCGCAAGGGAAGAAAUCUGCGGCCGCACAGGCGAAGAUCGACCAGAAACUGCCCGCCCAAGAGUCGGAGGGUCGUGGUGACCCCGUUCAGGCAGGAGAACAGGCAGGGGAGGAGGUGCAGGGUUCCGUCGUCAUGAAUCAGUAUCAGAACCUCCUGCAACCUGCUGGUCCUGUGGAGCCUCGUCCAUGA